GGAGUGCGCGCGCAGGGACGCAAGAUGAAGCGCUUGACUUUGUUUGCUCUGGCUAUCACCUUAAUCGCGACUGUUUUCGCCGCAAAAUCCCCGUAUCAGGCGGUUCUUCAACACAGCAGAAUAAGAGGAAGAACUCAGGGCCCCAAUGUUUGUGCUAUGCAGAAGAUCCCAGGGUCGGAUAAGAAGUACUUCACCAACUGCAAGCAAUGGUAUCGCCGCAAAAUAUGUGGCAAACCAACGGUGAUCAGUUAUGAGUGCUGCCCUGGAUAUGAGAAGGUGAUUGGAGAAAAAGGCUGUCCGGCUGCUCUACCUCUGGUGAACAUCUAUAAAACCCUGAGUGUGGUUGAAGCCACCACAACUAAGAUGUACUCCGAGAGAGCGAAAUUGCAGGAGGAGAUCGAAGGACCCGGCAGCUUCACAUUCUUUGCUCCCAGCAAUGAGGCUUGGGCUGCACUUCCCACUGAAAUUCUGGAUGCCCUGGUGAGCAACGUCAACAUUGAGCUCCUGAACGCGCUGCACUACCACAUGAUCAACAAACGCUUGACUUCUGAAGAUCUUAAGCACGGCUCUUCGUUCUCCUCCAUGUAUCAAGACUUUGAUGUUCAUAUCCACCAUUAUUCUAACGGAAUCGUGACGGUGAACUGCGCAAGGCUUGUGAAGACAGAUCAGCAUGCCACCAAUGGAAUUGUGCAUGUUGUGGACAGAGUCAUCACUGCCAUUACAAACGAUGUCAACUCUAUUAUUGACACUGAUGAUGACCUGGACACUCUGCGGACUGCAGUUGCCGCCGCUGGUCUCACUACCUUGUUGGAGAACCAGGGUUCUUAUACCAUCUUUGCACCAACGAAUGAAGCCUUUGAGAAGAUUCCUCCAGAUACACUGACCAGAAUUUUGGGAGACCCUGUUGCUCUUAAAGAUCUGCUGAAUUUCCACAUUCUGAAGAACUUACACUGCUCUGAGUCCAUCGUGGCUGGAACUCCUCUGGAGACCCUGCAGGGCACCAUGCUGGAAGUCGGCUGUGAUGGUGAAGAUUUGACCAUCAACGGCAAAGCUGUCGUCACGCAGAAAGAUAAGCUUGGAACCAAUGGAGUUGUUCACUACAUUAAUGAGCUUCUCAUUCCUGACUCGGCCAAAACCCUGCUUGAGCUUGCAGAGGGAUCUGUUGUUACUACAGCUGCAAAGCUUUUUAAAGAUGCUGGUCUUAAUGAUCACCUGGUCGGCUCUGAGUCUGUGACCUUAUUAGCCCCCCUCAACGAGGCUUUUAAAGACAAGAGCUUUGCUAUGACUCCUGACAUGAAAAAACUGCUGAGAAACCACAUUCUCAAGGAGAAGUUUUCCUCCAAGAGCCUUUAUCAUGGGCAGGAGUUGGAGACCCUUGGUGGACUGAAACUUAGAGUGUUUGUGUUCAGAAAUAACCUGUGCAUUGAGAACGCCUGCAUUGCCGCCCAUGACAAAAACGGCCGCUAUGCAAAUAUGUUCCUCGUUGAUAGUAUCCUGACGCCCCCCCAGGGAACUGUCAUGGAUGUCCUGAAAGCAGAUAAUCGUUUCAGCACUUUGGUUGGCGCCAUUCAAAAAGCUGGCUUGACGGAGCUCCUGAAUAAAAAAGGAACCUACACCUUCUUCGCACCAACCAACGCUGCUUUCAGUGCAUUGCCGUCCGCUGACCUCAACAAACUCAUGAGAGACCCUAAAGAGCUGGCUAACAUCCUCAAAUACCACAUUGGAGAUGAGUUCCUGGUCAGUGGAGCUGUGACCUCUCAUACCAGACUGAAGCCCCUAGCUGGAGACAAACUGGAGUUGGGCACUCGUAACUCAACCAUAUAUGUGAACCGUGUGCCUGUGGUGGAGUCUGAUCUGAUGGCUACCAAUGGAGUUGUGCACGCUGUUAAUGUCAUCAUCAAGCCACUGCCUCCUAAAAUUGUGAGUGACCAGGCCGAAGGCUCAACAAUCAGACGCACAUCUGCUGUCAGGGCUGGGUCUCAAGUAUCCAAAAAUGAUGAUCUCUUCCAGAAGGUUCUGAGAAGUCACAGCAGCAGAACAUUGUCUCGUGUCCAGUAAACGCUUUCUACAAAGUAAAACUGUAGUUCAUUUUAACCCUCACCACUUUCAGAGGAUGGAAACACAGAGUUUGGUGUCUUAUUUUAAGAAGAGCUAAUUAGAAGAUUAAGAAAAUCCAGAGAACAACAUACAGAAAUCUGAAAAUGCAAAGCAGUUCAACAAUGCAUUUUUUUCAAAUGCCGAAGAUCCUUGGAUGGAAAGCAGUGUUAUUUUUCAAAUCUCAUAAAUUGAUUAUAUCAGGUUGCCAUGGCACUUCAUGUGUUAUGAUUUAUUCAGUCUGCAUUUUUGAAUCUGAUGUCGGUGUUCGAUUUAUCUUACUUUGUCAGAUUGUCCUCCCAUUUAGAAAAGUAAGUUGCACAUUUUGAUGACGCAUUAUGCUACCCAUCAGGUUUUGCUACCAGUGUUAACUUUAAUGUAGAGUAGUGUGAUAUGAAGCUGUAAUAUCGCCCUACCUAAUCCCAAACCCCAACCUCAGAACCAUUCAAAAACAAUGUUGGGAGCAUAAUCUGAUGGGUAGGAGGAAAUGUCAGGAGACCAGUUCAUUAAUAACAUUUUUGUAUUUCUCUCUUUAUCAUUUUUGUAAUGUUUUUGGUUGUAUUUGUUAUACCUGUAGCAUGUUUGCAUGGUUUAAGCUGGAACAAAUGCUAUUUUGUGCACAUAAAAAACGACCAAAAUGAUGUCUUCAUGUGUAAUGUAAGACCUGUAACUUGUGCAGAUUAUUCAUGUUUAUAUGCCAAAGAUAUUUUGUGAAGAACCAAAGAUCACUGUCUGCAUAUUUCAUUAUAACAUGACUGUUUUGUAGCCACAGAGUUAUAGUUUACAUAUAACUAGUAAGUGCCCUUGAAUGUAGUUUGCGCUGUCUGUUACAAGCCAAUUUGUCAGUUCACUGAGCUGAAUUCACAAUGUGGUGGAUUGUCAUAAUGUGUUGAUUAAUGUGUGUGGCAAUAAAACUCUCACUCAGUUGAUUGCUCA